AUGAAUAGGGAGAAGACUGGGGACAUCAUCGUUCCGCCUGUGUCCGGUGUAGCUGCGCAAACAGCAGUGAUCGUCGUGGCCGCCCCGGAGAGCAUGGACAACCACGGGGAGAAGCGGCUCGUUGCCAACGAACUAUCGGUUUUCUCUUGUCCCGCGGGCAGAGAAGUGCAGCAGGGGGACAGCCGAAACAAUUCGCCGCGACAGGAACCGGCUCCGGUGGCGAUGCCCACAGUUCACCGGACCACCUCAUUUUCCGUUUUGGACAUUUUGGACCCAAAUAAGUUUACGAGCAAAAAGCAGAAUCCCAACCGGACAGGCACUGACUUCGCCUUUGGGGAAGAGAACCGUGGAGACGACUCAAACCAUGCCUUAGAUCAGAAGUCAUACGAAGAUUACGACCCGUGUAAAAAACCUACAGGCUUAAUAAAGGACGGAUUUGUGUUCAGGUCAGACGAGUGUGAGAACGACUUCAACCGUGGAUCACACUCUGACAGCGAGGCCCCGGACGAGUUGUGUAGUGAGGAGAGCAGCAGCGCGGUGACGGGGAACGGUGAAGGGGAGCUAGGACACCACGAUGACGACGAUCAUGGGAGCAAGAGCCCAGUGUCUGGUAGUCAGCAGAACCAGCAAUCAGAGUCGAAUGGACAAAGUCAUCAAGCUAAGCCGAAGAGGAAGCGCUCUGGCUCGGACUCAAAGUCUGGUAAGCCUCGAAGGGCUCGGACUGCUUUCACGUAUGAACAACUUGUUGCUCUUGAGAACAAAUUCAAGUCCACUCGAUACCUGUCGGUGUGCGAAAGGCUUAACUUGGCACUGUCACUCAGCCUGACGGAGACCCAAGUCAAAAUCUGGUUCCAAAAUCGACGAACCAAGUGGAAAAAACAGAACCCGGGAGCAGACACGAGCGCACCGACAGGCGGGGGCGGAGGGGGCCCUAACGGACAGGGUAACGGACUGGGGGGCCUUAGCCCCCUUAGCCCGUCUCCCCCCAUGGGCGGUCACCUGUCAAUGCACACGGGCUAUCCGGGUCACGGGCCGGGUGGGCUGGUGUGCACCACGCAGUUACCCUUCCUUUCCAGUCACGCGGUUCUGUCUCCUUUCAUGUUGGGGUCCCAGGCGUAUGGCGCGCCCGCCUUCUACACCUCACACCUGUAA